UAUAUACGUGCUCAUUGGCCCGGUCGAACCUCGUUCACCGGGCGUGCGUGCUUCGAGGCCAAUCCCUCAUGUUUCCCAAAAGCUGAAGGAAAGAAUCCUAGUGAAUUGGUCUGUAAACAGAGGGCGACCAAUAAGACUAGCUUACGCACUCAGGCUUUCCGGACUCCAAAACUCAAAUGGCAGCAAUGGUAAUUGAAUCCAGAUGGGAACUCUAUACGCUUCUACUUGAAUCUCCAUCCUUUCUUGUCAUUCUCGAAGCAUCAAUGGAUCUUGAUCAAAAGAUAGAGGCCCUUUCUUCUAAGACCCUAUUCUUCCCUUCUGAAGAAGAAAAGAGGAAAAGGAAGACAUUUGGUUUAACCAUUAGCACAGCUUUUCACCCCAGAUCUUUCCAUCUAUUUAGUGCAAAGCUCUCCAACUUCUGUGUCAAUCCUAACACACAGCCAAUUAAAGCCGAUUUCCACCUUUCCGCCUCCUUCGCACUCUGGUUUCAAUCGUGCGAUCUUGACUCCCUCAUUCACUGUAGGUGGGACAAACGUCAGUGCACAAUCUGCAGAUCGAAUCCUGAAAAAUUUAAAGAGAUCAGCCCAGCUACCAGAUCAACAAUGGAGGUCGAAGAGUUUUCAAUCUCCAGUUCUUCUUCUCCAUCACCUCGAUUUUGCUCUUCAAAUUGAGUAGACGAUGACGGUCUCGUAGUAUCCUUC